AUGUAUCUGAACGCGCAGGACUACGCGUUGGAGAUGUUCUACAGAGAGUCGUGGCGAGACCCACGACUCCGCUUUGAUCGCCGUCUUUUUCGCAACAAAACCGAGCUCGCUCUCCACGAAAGCUACACGAAUUUUCUGUGGUUUCCUGACACCUUUGUUCCGAACGCGAUCGCCUCCAAGAACCCUCAACGCAACUCGAUUUCUCACCGGCUUUUGCUCAGGUUUGAUUGUCUCUGUUAAGAAAACACUGACAAGAAGAGCUUUUUAUUCGGGAAAAAAGGCUUGGAAAGCGGGAAAAAAGAGUUCUCAGAUUCUCAGGAGCAAACUUUGAGGAAAUGAGCUGUAGGAAGAGUUUGAUUUCAGACUCGACGAAACCGGAAAACUUCUCUACAGUCGCCGGAUAUCGCUCGUCUGUGAAUGCAGUUAUUUCCAACUGCCUGACAUUCAUCGAAUUUUCUUUCAGCAAUGGAUCUUACACUUUUUCCUUUCGACAACCAACUCUGCAAGCUUGGCAUCGAAAGCUGUUGAGUUAGAAAAACACGGGGGAAAAUGAUCAAAAUUACUCAGAUGGUUACACGGCGGACCAGGUAGUCUACAAAUGGUCUUCGGGAGCUCGCGCAGCGCUGAAACUCCAGAAGAUCCGACUGCCCGACUUCACGAUCAAGGAAGCCUACGUGACAAGUCAAAUGGAAGCAUAUGCUACAGGUAUGUCGCUUGAAAAUAUAGAACUUUGUUUUUUCCAAACCAAAAUUUUAAAUUGAAUCUUCGAACUUGAUGGAAUUUUAAAAAAAAAAUGAUAUUUUGCGAUUGAACCUCCUGGAAAUUUCAUAACUGCAAGUGACUGCAGUUUCCUCCGUGAAAAAACCUUCACGAAACCAAAUUUUUACUUGAAAUAUUUGGAAAAAAUGCAGUCAACUAGGAAACUUUCCCCAUCGGUUAAACUUUUGCUGAAACUUUGCUGAAGUGUACUUUAGGGCCCCCUGAUUCCAGAACAAAAAGAAAAUUUCUCGCAAUAGAUCUCGUUGUCGUCGAGUUAGGACACUUCAAAAACCCGAAAUAGUGCUUUUUUGGCCUAAUUUGCGUAUUUUGCACACUUUGAAGCUCCAUGACUCGGAAACAAGAUCUAUUGCGUGAAAUUUUUUUCUCGAUCUGCAAUCAGAAUGUCCUAAAGUAAACUUCAGCAAAGUUUCAGCAAAAGUUCAACCGGAGGGUAAAAAACGUUCCCUGGUAAGGCUAACUUUUUUAGAACCAAGUUAAAAACUACAGCUUUUAAUUUUUUUUUCGUAAACUCCGAGUUUUUUUCCAAACUCUGUUCAAAACAUUUUGAUGUAAGAUGAUCACCUUCAAGGGAAUUACUCUCGUCUCUACGUCUGUUUCGUGUUCUCUCGGUCGUCUGGUUUCUGUUUUCUGCAGUUGAUCAUUCCGUCGACGGCCGUCGUCAUCACGUCUUGGGUCUCUCUUUGGAUGGAAAACGAGACCGAGUUCCAGGUUGUCCCUCGGGUGCACUUCGGAUGAACUCUGAAUGCCCUGAUUUAUAUUCAAAACAGCUUUUUCAACUUCCUUUGGAACUUUUCAAAGCACAGGGUUCCAGGAUAUGAUAUCGAUCAUCCUCGCCAUCACGUUUCUCAUUUUCUCUUACAAUGAAAUGAUGCCUCGGGUGAGUUACAUAAAAGCGAUGGACAUAUAUCUCGGUCAGUUAAGGACAUUUUCUUAUUCUGUCAAACUUUGAAAUUUCAGGAGUCUGCUUCAUGAUUGUUUUUCUGUCGUUGAUCAAACUUGCUCUCAUCAAAUAUAUGCGUCAAAAAAUCACUCUACAAACGUAAGUUUUCCUGCUAUUUUGUUUUUACAAGAGCUUUCAGAGAGACGAGGCCAAUUUUAAGAGAAAUCGCUAAAUUAUCAACAAGACGGAGGAAUCGGCUAAUGAAGGAUCGUAAUGGAAGCACUCUUUCCAGACAUUUGAAGUGAUUUUUUUCUUUUUAUCAUGAAAAGAGGGAGCUUACAGAACAGAGCUGGAGCCAACAGUUGAAGAAGCUGAGGUCGACGAAGAAUGGCGCAAAUCUUUGCAGAAGAAAAAGAAGACGAAUGGAUUUCUCUGCGAUCUUGUCGACACGCGGAUAACGCAGAGAACUAUGCACCGAUUCCAUUGGAUUUCUCAGGUGAGUCUUGUUUUUGAAGUUCAAUCUAAACAAAAUUAGAUUUCUGUUGAAAUUUCACUUCAAUUCGGCUGAAAAACUCUUCAUUUUAAUUAGUAGGAAACUUCAAAGUUUGCAUACAUAAGUAAAGCUCAAUUACGUUAUCAAUUGAAAAAUUGGCAGUUCAUUGAAAAUCAAAACAUUGAUCACAUAGAAAUUAUUAUUUUUAAUCCGUACAUCGAAGAAUAUUUGAGCUGCAGUAGCCUCAGGAAGUAUUCGAAAAAGUUAUGAAGUUAUCAGAAGAACUUUUGAAUAAUUCGAUACUGAACAACUUGAAGAUGAUGUUCUUCUUCGGAUUCGUCGUGUUUUGUUUGUUCUACUUUUUGAUCUACCCGAAUUUGCACUACGUGGCCAUCGACGCCGCCUGCGACAAGACCACGGCUCUGUGGUUUGCGGAAAUAUCGUGA